GGAUCAAGCACAUUUAUGAGAAAACUUGGGCGUUUUAUUAUCUGAUAGAUUUAAGGAAGACAAGUCAACGUACAAAAGAGUAUAUUGGAGCUGUUUCCAGAUGUUAGUCCACACCUACUCGACCAUGGACCGUGCAGACGGAUUGUCGAGCUCCUCUCCGAGCGGCCGUCUCUCUCAGCUCUCCUCGCUGAACCAGGCUGCCUAUUCCUCGGCUCCCCCUCUCUGCCACACUCCGGCCUCCGACUUCCAGCCGCCCUACUUUCCACCUCCAUACCCCCAGUCCUCUCUCUCUUACUCCCAGAGUCAAGACACCGGAUACCCGCACUUACCGGACCCCUAUCCGUCCAUCAACUCGCUCCAUCAUCACCAGCAGGCAGCGUGGCAUUCUCAGCGCUCGCGCUCAGAGGACGCGGGGCUUCUGUCUCAGUCACACCGGGCGCUGAGCUUAGACCCGCGGCGGGAGUAUCCGGGCGUACCGCGGCUGCUCCAUCAUCAUGGACUGGGUGAAGGAGCAGCAGCGCUGGGUGAGGGCCCUCUGGGAAUGCACGCAGUGGGUCAUCACGGUCUGGACGACAUUCAGGGGAUGGAGGAAGCAUCAGCUUUGGGAAUCCUGGACCAUUCUGUUAUCAAGAAAGUUCCUGUCCCUUCUAAGCUAAAUGGCUCAGUGGUCUCUGCCUUGUCUCUCACUAAAGAGGGGCUCGGCUUGGGGUGUGUGUCCAACCCUGCUGAAGUUUUCUGCUCUGUUCCUGGUCGCCUGUCCCUCCUUAGCUCCACCUCCAAGUACAAGGUCACAGUUGGAGAGGUGCAGAGACGUCUAGCCCCACCUGAGUGCCUCAAUGCCUCGCUGCUUGGAGGAGUCCUGCGCAGAGCCAAAUCAAAAAAUGGAGGCCGUUGUCUGCGAGAGCGUCUAGAGAAGAUCGGUCUCAACCUGCCCGCCGGUCGGCGAAAGGCAGCCAAUGUCACACUCCUCACAGCUCUGGUGGAAGGUGAGGCAGUUCACCUCGCACGGGACUUUGGGUAUGUGUGUGAGACUGAGUUUCCCGCCCGGGCCACAGCAGAGUAUCUGUGCAGACAGACAGACCCAGAUCAGUUGCCAACACGACGCAGUAUGCUGCUGGCCACAAAGGAGAUCUGCAAGGAAUUUGUGGACCUGAUGUCCCAGGACAGGUCGCCGUUGGGAGGCAGUCGCCCCACCCCCUGCCUGGAGCCCGGGGUGCAGAGCAGCCUGACCCACUUCAGUCUCCUCACCCAUGGUUUUGGCACACACGCCAUCUGCGCCGCUCUGUCGGCCUUUCAGAGUUACUUGCUAGAGGCCCUAAAACUGCUGGAUAAAGGAGAGGGAGGAGGGAAGGGCCACCACGACAAGGAACUGAAGCACCGUAAAUGAACAAUUCAGAGAGAGACAGUCCUCCCUCAAUUUUAGGAGUGUAUUUAUGUGUAUGAAUGUGUGCGUGUCUGCCAAUUCAUGUGCAGCAUCUCGCUGCUGGGUUCAGAUUUCAGUCCUCCACAAGAUUUCCAGACACAAGCUUGUACGGACUGGUUUCAUUUGUCUCUGAUGAAAUCUGGGGUCUUCUGAGAGAUGCAGAAGAUGCCACAAUUCUUGAUAUAUGCCACAUGUGGACCACAAACUCCCUCUGGAUCUUAGGUGAUGAGAUGACUGACUUAUAUGGGGCCUACAUGGGUUUCUCUAUGUGUUCUCUGGAGACCGCAGCCUAGAAACCAAUCAAAUGAAAAGAAAGAUGGUAGAGACAUUUAAGAUUGGGGGUGGCAAAGUAAAUUAGGUUUUGACAAAUUCAUUUGAAAAUCUCAUUUUGUACUUGUACAUGUUGUAUGUUUAUUAUCAAUGUUACUGUUAUUCCUAUUGCUGUGUUGCAAUGUAAAUGUAAUAUAUUAUUAAAGCAAAACAAAAAAAUGAAUGCAACUGCCUUAGAACGUGAAUCUUAAACAUGCAGUGGGGUCCAAAAGUCUGAGGCCACAUCCACACUAAUUCGUUUUCAGUUAUCUAACAUCCUAUUUUCUCAAAGCAUUUUAAAAAAAAACCUCAAUUUCGAAAACGUUGUUCCAGUGUGGAUGAGGUGUAAAUGUAGCUAAAACAAUUCAUUUUUACAAUGCAUUAAUACACGAAAAUAUAUUAGUGUGGACGUGGCCUGAGACCAUGAGUGAAAAUAUUCUAUUUUGCAUCAUUCUAAUUUAAUACUAAAUAUUUAUUCAGAAAUUAUAUUAUCAGCAUAACAAAUUGAGUGAGAAGUGUAACUGAAAAUGUGAGUAAAUUUUAGAACUUCCUCAGAUUUGUUUUGUCCAGUGGCAUAGACAAUGAUGGGCCUGGGCGCACCCAGAAUAUUACAGAUUAUCUUUGGCUUCAAAUAAAAAUUUAUAAAAUAGUAAAACAAUUGCAUAAAUUCUGAUUUAUGAAAGUGUGAAAUAACUGUUUGACUGCACUGCUUCUCUGUUGUUAGGGAAAAUUUGGCCCAUCCAUUUUUAUUGAGGUCCACCCAAAAGUAAUUUCCUGGCUAUACCCUUGGUUUUGUCCCCCUUUUGAGUUAAUGACAGUAUGCUCUAAAGCUAGCAUGGACUAGCAAAACUUGAUUGAUCAUCUCAACAUGAUUUGUGAAUGUUCCAAAAAAAAUAAAAAAUUAAUAAUAUGAUUAAUAUAAUAUAAUAAUAUGAAUAAUAUAAUAAUUAAUAAAAUGGUGUGCUUCAAUGGAAGCAAGGAAAUCUAACUUUUGUACAAAUGCCAGAAAUGUACUUAUUUCUUAGUAACGCAGAAAAGGUGCAGAAAUGUAAACAUUUCUUUUUACAUUUUCUUGGUUUAAAAUGUUAAAACACUACACAUCCUAAAGCUUUUAUUUCCAGAUUAAAAAAAACAAAAAAAAAACAAUAUUGGACACCACAGCAUUUCUGAUGUACAACCAUUUUCAAGAUGAGCAAAUAAUUGCUUAAAAACCUUGUGUGAGCAUAUUUUCAUAAAUACCUAGUUGGUUUUUACGGUGUAUAAAUGGACUUGCAGGUGUGGUAAAAAUCUAGCGUGAUUACAAAAUUAGUGUAAUACAAAUUGAACACCCAGGGGGAUGUUUAAAAUUUCUAGUCCCAUUUGCUAAAGGCAGGUUGACAUUACCUAAACUUCAAUGUGACACAGUGGCAAAUCCAGCAGAAUUACCUCUGAGAUAAAACAGACCUGACCAGUAACCCCAGGGGGCUCGACAAUCACUACAGUCGCCGAACGCAGCUAAACAGUUGCUAGGCUCUGUCUUCUACCGUUUUGGUCUCCUCUCACCCCAUCUGUCACUACCUUUAUUCGUCUGUUUAGGAGCCUACAUCUCCAUACCUGCCCCCCUGCCAGCUCUCACUCACACACAAACACACAUACCCAUCCCUGAGUGUCAAUUCCCCGCUCCCCCUCUCCAUGACCCCUCUCCCUCCCUUCAUCUCUCUGACACUCAGCAGGGCUGCUCUGCAUUUCUCUCUGCCUGCAGGCGAACAUAUGCCGCUCGUCCCUUUAGAUUCCGGUGUGUUCAGGAUAGAGGGAUUGUUUAAUGUUUAUUAAUCACCUGUCUGUGGUGGGGAGCGAGAGGUAAAGGAGGCACGCUCGUGCACACAACACACACGAGUCGAGUGUAAAAACACUUGUGUACAAAGGAGUGUGGAAACAAGUACACAGCCAAAAAUAGAAUAAGAGCACAUCUCUCGUUCCCCCACCCUUUGCCAACUUCUGUACUCCUCAAACAGAUCCAACUUCGGAGUUUGUUUUUGUGUGGCAAAGUGGUUAAAUCUACAAAAUACUUUUUAUUUUAAUCUAAAGAAAAAACUUGGAAUUAAUGUUUCUCACUCAUUAAAGGGAUACUCAGCCCCCCCCCAAAAAAAAUCAGGAUUAAAUUCUUCUGUGGAACACAAAUGGAGAUGUUAGGCAGAAUGUUAGCCUCAGUCACCAUUUGCUUUCACUGCAUCUUUUUUUCCAUACAAUGAA